AACUUCAGUUGAAGAUGUCUGACGAUCCAAAGACGCCUCUGAAUUCAGGAGACGUUGUUCAAAAGUACACUGAACCUUUGAAAAAGUAUUCGAGCGAAACUACUAUGCCCGAAAAAGAAUCCUUGACUCUUGCACAGAAAUUGGAUUUACGGAUUGGUUUAGUUUUAUGUCGGCGUCGAGUAGUUAACAUGGAAUUCACACUAGCAACGAUUGGAAUCAUUUUCAUGGUCCUAGAAGCUGAGUUAUACAUUAAAGGAUCAAUCUCAAAACGAGGCUUAGUUUCCCUUCUGCUGAAGUUUCUGAUUUCAAUUUCAACAUUGUUUCUCUUGUUGUUUAUUUGUGUGAACUAUUACGUAUCUGCGCGUAUUAGAGCGCUGGAUUCUGGCGUCAGGAGUGUUCUGUCAGUGAUGACGUCACGAAACUGGUUGUGUUUAUGUUUGGAACUAGUUAUCUGCUCCAUACACCCUUUUCCUGGAGAUUUUAAGUUUAACUAUGCUUCUACUCAAGGAGUCAUCCAUUCCGUAAGCAUCGAUUCAGUUUUAUCAAUAGCUAUGCUGACACGAGUGUACUUGAUUUGCGAUUUUGCUGUUGUUCAUAGCGAUAUGGUGACAGACACAUUCAUAUACAGUAUUGGUGUAAUAAGCAAAACGAAAAUUAACACUUCCUUUGUUUUCAAAGCUUUAAUGAACAGAAGACCAGGUUUACUUCUUAUAGUGGUCAUGGUUUUGACGAUUCUAGUAAAUACCUGGGCUUACAGAGCUUGCGAACUCUAUUACGACCGAAAUAAGUAUAAAAAGAAUUCCUUCUUCGAAUCACUGUGGUUGAUCACGAUGGUCUUUUUGUCCUCUGAUCACGGGGAUGUUAUGCCUGAGAGUUACUGUGGUAGAUAUGUUUCGGUUGUUACAGCCAUAUUGGGUUUAAUCACCACUGCUCUUCUCAUUGCGAUUAUAGCCCAGCAAGUCGAACACACCCGAAUGGAGAAACACGUGUUCGCAUUUGCUUCACGAAUUCAAACAUCGUUUAAAAAGAAAUCUGCCGCUGCAGAUGCCAUCAAAUCAUUCUUUAAACUAACAGUCUUGACAAAGGCUGGAAAAGGUAGACAAAGUGAAAUUUCCAGACUGAAAGACAAAGUAAAGCAAAGCCUGAAAACAUUGAGAUCAACAAGGGAUGAAAUGAUGGAUAUCUAUGACGACACAGUGGGUGUGGUCGACAUAGCGGAAAUUACUUGGCGUGUUGACCAUAGAGUUGGUCUUCUCGAGAGUAAAUUUAAGGCAAUGGACGCUAAGUUAGAUCUCAUACUGUCAAAGAUUGACAGAAAUAAAUAG